AUGAAGGCCCCGCGCGCCAGCUGCGAGGGCUAUCUUACCUUCCGCAUUAGUCCAUCAUCGCCACCUCCUAUGCUGCGGCGCUAUUGCUUUCUCGUGGGCACUUCUUUCCACUAUUACAGCACUCAGGAGGAUGCGUAUCAUAUGCUGCGUAUUAAGGGCGAAGUGGACGUGCUUGGAGUGCAGGAAUGGGAUGGAAAAGGCAACAUGCACAUCUAUCAGCACGGCUUCCUAUUCGCUACAGCACAGAACAAAGUCUUCUACGCCUACGCCGACACAGCCAUGGACAAGGAGAAGUGGAUCCGAGCGAUCCAGACAGCAGUGGAGACCACAGUACCGCGCCUUGCAGCAGCGUUCUUCCAGCACGCGUCACUAGAAGUGUCCCUUUCGCCCGUGAGCACAGUGACGGUGCCAUCAACUGAGACGGACGUGACGUGCAAGUGUCCGGAUUGCACUCGGUUGGCAGCAGAAGCUGCUGCCGCUGGACAACCAGCGACACUGCUGUACAAGUGCAACAGCUGUGACGGUUUGUAUUGUGAUAAAUUCACGACACACAAGGUCCCCCUCCCACAGAGAUCUCACUACUACGCCAAGCGCGUGUGUGACCGCUGCUAUGAGGCGCAAAAUUACAUCAACUACUUGCGGGCGAUGGUGGAACGACUAAAGGCAGGAAUAUGUUUGUACCCGAAACCACUGAACCUCGAGGCUCCGAUUGAACUGAUUAUGCCCAAGCGUCCACUGCAAACUGAGUCUGCAAAAAUUGCUAUUGACUUGCUGAAGGCAAAGGUGAUUACCGCUGAAGAAUGCGAGGAGAUCUUGCUGAAGGAUCGACGCUUUUAUGAUCACACCAUGGACCAUCCAGAAAUUCCGUUAGACUUGAAGAUCUUGGGCCUACACCGCGAAUUCCGUGCACGCAGCUUUAGCGUUUAUCGCGCUGUGAUCUUACUGCAUCGUCACUUGGAUAGUGACCCUCUGCUGUUCAAACCGAUUGUGGAGAAGCUACUGCACUUUUCGUACACGCGCAUCAACCAAGUGGAGUUUUACUGGCCCCAGAUCGUUCAUGCGUACCUGUCGAUCCCGAAUUUUGACUUUGAGAAGGUUUUCUGGCUGGACGAACUCAUCUUGUCAGUGUGUUCGCGCUCCAUUCAUCUCGCGCUUCUGCUUCGAUGGCAACUUCAAGGCGCACUCGAAGACUCCUUCGAUCCGAGAAAGCCCAAGGAGAUGCAGGACAAAUAUGCACGAGUGGUACGGCUGAUGGUGGAGAUUGAGCGUGAAGUCGCAGGUGUAGACCGUGCCACUGUACUCAGUCGUGACCCACAGCAUGAAGCAUCGCAGGUACACAAGCGUAACCUGCCGAUGCCUACAGAUGACCAGCUGCAAGUUAUCGUGAAGCUUACAGAGGAGAUUGCAAUCCAUCGUCGCCUAGCACACUGUAUCUCUACUACAAGUGGCUCUCCUGCGGGCAUGGAUUCGUACUCACCCAUCUCACCGCCAAUGGCGAGGAACGGCUCGAACCGGAAUGGCUCGUUAGAUGGAGAUGUGGACAGCCGCUUUCGCGAUUUCUCGCGCUUCCAACAGCAUUUGCUCACGCCGAAGGAAGACCUUGACUCGAUGUUGCUCACACACCCUACGGGUGACGACUAUGAGCAAGAUGAACGGCUGUCCAUUCUUGACGAGGAGGAUACUGAUCACCAGCCCACCAGUAUUUUCAGCGAGUCGAUGAGACGCAUGAGCCAGACAGACAAGUCCCUGCUGGCAAAACACUUUGCUGACGAAUGUGACUUCGUGGAGCAGAUCACGGAUAUCGCCGAGGCGCUGCGUUUUGUACCGUCUAUACAGGAUCGGAAGGCUCAUUUACCGUCGUAUUUAGAGAAACUGCAUCUUCCGCCUAUGGCGUACGUACCGCUGGUGAAAGCCACGGACCCUUUCGAGCGUAUCGUGCGGAUACCCACAAAGGAAGGAACCGCGUUCUCGACGAAAGCACGUGUCCCUAUUUUGCUGAUUUUCGAGGUGAUUCGAGGUAAUCCUUUUGAAGAUGAACAACAGCCUGAUGCCUCGCACCCAGGGUCUCCACGAUCGCCUUCAAGACAGAAUUUGACGGGAAGUGGUGCGCUUGAAUCUUCUGAAGUUAACUAUGUUGAGGAUGAUGAAAUCGGUGAGCUGAUUGGACAUCAGGCCAGUGAAGCUUUUGCCGGUGAUGCACAAGAAGCGGAGGAAGUUCAAGCGGAGAAUGUGAUUCCUCCCCCGGUUGUUCCUGAACCGUACCAGUCUCCUGUCGCUGUGCCUCGUCGUGCCCCGGUUCCUGAAACACCAAUUGACGUCCCUGAUAUUGUGUCAACGCCAUCUACGGCUCCACCGGUCCUCAUGCAGCCUACCGAAAGAGUCGUGAAUAAAGCGAGUGCAGAUGGAGGGACAGUAGAGGACCAGCCUUCAACACCGUUGGAGAUGGAUUUAGCAUCGGGCAACGUGACAGCAGAAGCGAUUGAGCGUGAAAAGGCACGUCGCAGGGACUUUGAAGCAGCUUUCGGAGAGUCGUGGAGCUCGAAACGUGCAAGACUGAUGGCUGCCUCGCCGUACGGCCAUCUACCCGGGUGGGACAUCGUGUCUAUGAUUGGCAAGAGUAACGACGAUCUUCGUCAGGAGGUAUUUACGCUGCAGCUGAUUCAGAAGUUCGUUGAAAUCUUCCGGGGUGCGAAUCUGCCGAUGUGGGUGAAGAGAUACCGCAUCAUCGCUACGAGCUCGUCUACUGGACUGAUCGAGACGCUGAUCAACGCAAUCUCGUUGGAUGGUCUGAAAAAACGAGAAGGAUACGUUUCGCUGCUUCAUCACUUCGAGAAGUCGUAUGGACCUAACUCGCACCGAUUUAAAGAAGCGCGGCGGAAGUUUAUUCAGUCUAUGGCUGGGUACUCCCUCGUGUGCUAUUUCCUGCAAAUCAAGGAUCGGCAUAACGGUAACAUCAUGCUGGAUAACGAAGGGCACAUCAUCCAUAUCGACUAUGGUUUCUUACUUGGUAUCGCGCCUGGUGGAAUGCUGAGCAUCGAGACAGCCCCAUUCAAGCUGACGGCCGAGAUGGUGGAGACCAUGGGUGGCCAGGACUCGGAGGGCUUCAAGGAGUAUGUGACCUUGUGCACACGAGGCUUCCUGGCGUGUCAGCAGCACUGUGACGAGAUCUGUGACCUGGUGGACGUCAUGUCGCGUCAGUCACCGUACCCGUGCUUCCUGGGCAUCGACGCUGAUUAUAUUUUAUUGCGUCUGCGCUCUCGCUUCAAGCUGACACUAUCCAAGCAAGAGACUGUGGCGCACGUGCUGUCGCUCAUCCGCAAGAGCAACAACAACUACAGCACGCGUCAGUAUGACAAUUUCCAGCGUAUGACGAAUGGUAUUCUUUCAUAA